CCAACAAUGAAGUGAGUGGGCGGAAGUGAGUCUCAUUUCACUUACGGUUUCGGGUGCAAGUGUGGUGUAAUGUUGUCGACUUGACGUAUAAUGGCCCUCUACCUCCCGGUGUUCGUGUUCUAGUGUCUGCCGGUUUUGUAGUCGACCGUUAGGAACAUUAGAAAUGACUUCUCCCAUCUACAACCCGCCCCUCCCUUACGUUGGACCCAUUCCUGGGGGUGUGCUCUCCAUUGGCACCCUCAUUCGCAUCCAGGGAACGCCUCACCACUCUGCAAGAUGCUUCGCCAUCAACCUGCAGUGCGGGCCAAAUGUGCACCCACGCGACGACAUCGCACUUCACCUGAGUCCCGUCUUCUCGCCACCACCACGCAUCGUCCGCAACUCGAUCCAAGCCCAACAGUGGGGACCUGAAGAGUCGCACGGUGACCCAUUCCCGCUCGUCGCGGGCCAGAGCUUUGAGCUCUUGGUGCUCGUUGAACAUGACCAGUACAAGAUUGCCAUCAAUGGCAAGCACUACACAGAGUUCUGGCACCGCAUUCCAAUUCAGCGAGUCACUCACCUCACCAUGGAUGGUGACACGACUAUCAGCUUGGUUCAGUUCGAGGGAAUCCCAUCGAUGCCACUAGGACCCGGCAUGCCCAUGCCCAUGCCAGUGGCACCUCCGUCUGGUCGGGUGUCUCCCUAUGGCGACACGAGGUUCGGCGCACCAUACCCUCCGCAGGCAGGCUAUCCACCAGGUGGCGGUUACUACCCACCUACAGCUGGUAUGCAGCCUGCAUACCCUGGAGGGGGUGGUUACCCAGCGCACGGCCCAGGAGUGCAGUACGUUCCAUAUCCUGCAGACCAGAAACACAGCUCCGGCUUGGGAACUGGCUUGGGAGCCGGACUGGCAGCCGGCGCUGCUGCUCUCGCGGGCUCUUCGCUCCUCAAGCAUGGGAUGGAUGCACUCUCUUUCACAAAAAACAUUGUUGAAGGUCACAAGAAGGGCUUUGUGCCAGCUGUGGCGGGAGCCGCCCUGGGUUCUGGCCUUCAUCACAAGUCUCAUGGAUACAAGCCCAAGUCCAGCAUGCCGCUUCCCAUUGGUGCUGGCACUCUCGGAACGGGACUGGCCGUCGGUGCCACAGCGCUCGCCGGUGCAGCUUUGGUAAAAAAGCUCAAGCCCAAGAAGAUGUUCAAGCACAAACACAAGCACGGCUGGAAAGGGUGGAGCAGCAGCAGCAGCAGUUCGAGCUCAAGCGAAGAAGAGUGAACAACAUCCUCUGGACAUUUUUCUCUUACAUCAAUGAUGUUCUCUAUAUGUAUACCUGCGCACCAUGUUAUUCUCAAUGUCAUGUGGCUUAAAGAUCUGUGAUGAAAGUUGUAAUUCCAGUUGCUGUAUUGUAAUUGAAAAAGCAUGUUCUCGGAUGCUAAUUGGCCAAAGCUCCGAUGCCAACAGCCCACUCACAAGACGCAGGCACCAUUAUCAUAAGUUCGGUAGUCAGAUGUUCAGUCGUGGUGUUUUGUCACGAUGCUAUCCCGAUUGAUGUGACAUCAUCAUGAUGACAUCGCAAUUGACAUGUCAUGUAAAUCAUACUAUUCCGAGAUGGCAGACAUUUUCGCUUGAGAAACUUUGGUUUCGCAGAUGCAUUAUUUUUGGCAGGUGCACUAUUAUUAUUUGCUUUAUUUCUUUUUUGUCUGCACAAUGUAGAAACCUUGAGACUGUCAAUGCCAAACAUCCUGGACUUUUGUGCACCAAACUGGCUUAGCCGGUGAGAGCCUUUUAAGAUUACAGGCUCAGUGCCAGAGCACCUCGUACAUCAGGCAUGAUUAAUCAGUGUAAAUUUGGCCUUUUUACUGCAUCCUUCAAUUUCUUCAGAAACAACUGUUGCAAACUUUCUCACUGCAUCGAACAAGACCACAAAUUUUACUUGAUAUAGAAGGGCCGUCCCUAACCACCUGUUGUCUGAGAAGCUCCUGUACAGUCUACUUGGAUCCAGUCCAUUGACUUAAAUGUAGUCACUUUGCAUCGAUAAUGCUUCUUGGAUGUCCGUGAAAUAAUUAGUUGCCUGAAAGAUGAGCAGUUUCGCCUUUGAGUGGAAGCCAAAAGCAUGUAAUUAAGAUGGCUUUGGAGUUUUGAUGGAGCAUAAUUAUGAGCACAUAAGGUUCUUGGUGGCACUGGCAUCAAGUUGCAGAAUCAAAAUCCUCAAGUAGCGGAACAGUUGAAGAAAGUGACGGAAGGUAGAAUGGCUAGAAAUGGUUGUUAUAUUCACAGCCUGUAGUAACUGUGUGAAGCUAGCACUUGGGGAUCAUAACGACGACUGCUAUCCCACUACAUUGCCAUGCCGUGAACUGGAAGUGUUGAUCCAACCUGUAUAUGACUAUGACAUUGGCAUUACAUUGGCAUAAGCCGGUAGAUACUGUCAUUUUCACUGGCUUGCCAAUGUUGGGAAAGAUAGUGCUGCUUAAAUUUUUUUUCUAAGCACUGAACUCAUCUUCAGAAAAGUUGAUUCUGUUGCAAGUUUGUUAACACUGUGUUGCUGCAUCACAUUGCAAAUAUCAUGCAGUGUUUUUUACGUAUUGCAUGCAGCCAUUCUGUCCACUAAUGCUGGCUCCCACUCACUCUGCACAAAUGCAUUGAACCUCAGUUUUUGUGGUAUUUGCUCUGUGACAUAGCAGUAUCAAGUCUGCAGCCAUCAUAUGGGAGGCUAGCUCGAGACUGGAAUGCACCAAGACAGGCAAUGCCAAGGGUAACGUGAUGGAGUGGAUUUGAUGUCUCUCAGGAACUGUUAUUGAUUUAUCAUGAAACCUCUCUGCCUUGUUCCCUCGAAUUUGAAUGCACCGAUGACUCUUUGAGUGCCUUUCAUAUAGCUGUGUAAAUUCCUUCGAUGUUCUUUGCUGUAAAAGUUUGGAAGUUGUGCUCUUUUGCUUGAAAGCAUUUUUUCUUAGGUCAUGCUUGGUUGUUCCAAGCCCAUAUACUGUGCUAUUCUUUGUGCUUAUUGCCCCUAGGCUGUAAUGUAAUGCGUGAAGUCAUGAGGUGUCGCAGUGCCUUCUGGUGUAUUUUUUUUUUUUUUUUCAGUUUAGUUUUAGCAGCCCCCCCCCAUUUUUUUUUCUUUUUGUAGUCUUGCUGUACUGAUAUUUCGUAGAAGCCAGAAUUGGGCUUUCAAUUUGUCUGUUGUCGUGAAGUAUACAACCUCUUGAAAGACUUUAAUGCCCAGAUAUGCAUAGUGUUUUGAGAGUCUAUUGCCGUGUUCAUGUUUGAUGGAGUUGUGUAAUGUCUUCACCAUCGGCUUGUUAUUCAUGCGUCCCAUAUGGUGAUCACAAAAGCAAUACGUAUCUGGCUAGCGGAGACUGCAUUGUGUGCAGGAAUUUCAGUGUAGAGCUCCAUUAUUUCUAUCUAGAGCAUCGAGGUUCCGUGCUGCUGAAUGAAGAAAUGCAUAUUUGAGAGGAUAUUUAGGGUCUUAGAGACAAUGGGAAGUUUUAGCUUGUAUGUAAAUGUACUGACCUUUGUGGGAUACUCGGUUACAAAUGACUGGUUUGGUAGCGCAGCAUUUAGCCAGAUGGAACACAGCGGCAUCAUUGCAGUAACCAACCGCAUUCUGUUUAGCUGCUGGUGUAAUGUGUCGGCAGCGACGUAAUCUUUACCAUGCAGCACUUUUUUAAAAUAUUUUCUUUGACAACAAUACUUACGUAUCAUGAAAAUGUAUCUAAUGCAUUGUGGUUGGACAUAUUACCACAAGGUGCCACUAUCAGCUCUGUUGUUGCCAUCCAUGUCUCCAGUAAGCUAGUAUUCCGUGAAGGUUAAUACAUUUACCGACAAGCUGAAUUUCUGCUGCUUGAACUCAAGGAACUUCAAGAGCGUUUGCUGUCGGUGUUUAGAAUGAAAACAGCUUGAACUAAUGGGUCUAUGAAGAAAAACACUUUGCCUUGUUCCAUCAGUUUGCACUGUUUUUCUUUCUAAAGCUUGAGGAAAGGCAUAUGAAUCUAUUACUGCAGCUUGAACACCGAGAAUGCUGAAAGAUUCUGCUUUCUUUUCUAUACAGCAGAAGGCAGCAGUGUCCUCAACAGCUGUGCCCACUUGCAUCGCAAUGCUGCGUCAUUCUAAAAUGUCUUGUAGAGCAAUACAAUUCUAGUCUGAUGUAGCUCUGUGCAUGGCGCAGAUCUCAGAACUGUUAAUUGCAGUGCGCAAAUGAAAUAUUAUGAGCACUUGUGAAGUCUGUGCACUUUAUUCUGAGCUCUGCUGCCUGUGUCAAUGAACGUUGCUUUCCUGGGAUGAGGCUCGGUGGCACUAAAAGGAGGAAGCAGCGCUCAAAAUUUCUUAAGAACAAUGCGGACAAGUGUUCAAUUCUCCAAAGUACAUACUUCCAGGCCAAAUACUGUCUUCCGCAGUCUAAUUCAUAUUUUAACGAUAUGUACCUCUUGAAUGCAAGAAAGUCCAUCAGUGCCAAUGCCCAAUAUGUCAAAACUUUCAAGGUGCAUUUCUAACACAUGGUGCAGAAUGUGUUUUCAAGCAUGCUAAGGUUGCUGACGCCUGGCUCUCUUACCUUUGUUUGCAUAGGGUGUUUCUUUCAUUUAAAACAUAUGUCAAAAAAUGUUUAUCUCUAAUCACAUAUGGCAAUUUGGUAUCCCAAUGUUUAUUCUGGCUUCUGCUACCAGCGCCCAAACAUGUGAAAUAGACAUAUAGCUUCAGUAAUGCAACAAAAGCAGAAUCAGUAUUUUGCUGUUUCCCACUCACUUUUAACAUAUACUAUUGCUUGGAAGAAGUUAUCAUAAUAAAAUUAUUUGACUUUGUUUCCUUA